AUGGAUGCACUUCGCCGCAUCACGAACAACGUCCCCGACUGGCUCGGCCGACUCGAUAGACUCGGUACUCAGAUCGAUCAGCGCCAGGCCGAGCUCGCCGCCCUGGGCGGUAGCAGCUCGGCGCGGUCCAUCAAGAACAAAGGUUCCACAGAGUCAUUGAAGCUCAACGACCCCAUCGAACCCGUCGACCCCGUCGACCCCGACGCCCGCGCCCGGACACCUGCAGCUCCCGUGACGGAUGGCGCAACGAGACCGGACGGAAGGAACAGUUACCAGCCCCCCAGCCCUGGCGGUAGCGCGACGCCGUCGGCCGUGCAAAGGCAAACACAGCAGGCGGUAGCGAAAGCCCAGGCACGGGCGCGUGCCCAUGUCCAGAAGCGCCACAGACCCGGGUCCAUGAUCUCUGCUGACAACGCCCCUACCCAAUAUCGAUCCCGAACCAUGAUCAUCGUCUACUACGAUAGUUACGUGCAGAGCUUCUUCGAAGAGCUCGUCAAGUUCGUCUCUGCCAGCCGGAACCUCAUGCGGAAAGCGAGGAUGGCCGCAAAGGUCGCACAGAUUCGCCGCCUCGCCGAGAUGGACACGCCCCACGACAGCGAGGGUUCGGACGGGUCGGAGCUCGAGCCGGGUGCCGCCGGAGCGAACGGAGGAGAUCUGGAGCCGCUUCCUUCGCUACGCUACAUGAGCACAAGACGCAUGGGUCCUGCAGGCCUUACGGGUCGGUACUCCUCUAGGACUCAGACAAGAGAAAGCGUGCUGGGAGGCGUCGGGAAGGACCCGUUCGAGGACCUGGACAAAAAAUUGGAGUCUGUGCAGGCCAUGUGCGAGCAUGCGGCCCACCAGUUCCUCCGCCAUGGCGACUGCAUGGAGGACGUGGCCAAGAUACAGGACCAGCUGUCCGCGACAAAAGCCCUGGCCGACAAGGAGAUUGAGAGGAUACAGCGGGAGGACCCGGAUCUUUUGAAGGACACGAGCGAGGCGGGCAAGGCUCGAACGCAUAGGCCGGCGAGCAUGCGUCGAGAAUACAACUAUACUCGGUCCAAGAGCCCGUGCCUGUCGUCGUCGAUGAAGCUGGAAGUCGACGACCGACUGGAGGUUGACGACGGGCUCGAGGCGGAACAGCCGGUUCUGACACCCGCACCGACAACGAUGCCAAGGCAAACAAUGGACACACCCGGCAAAAUCGAGGCAGAUGAUGCACCUCUGGAGGCCGAUGACAAUGAUGAGGGAUUGGGCGAGAUGGAUAUGGCGCCCCCGAAAAUCCAGUUUCGGUCGACACGGACAAUGCGGAGGCCACUGAAGGCAUGA